ACACCUGGGCAUUUCUGCAACGUGCAGGAGGAGGAAGACCAGCCUGCACCAUGAACCUGUGGCUCUUGGCCUGCCUGGUGACCUGCUUCAUGAGUACCUGGGCCCCUGCUGUCCAAGCACAAGGCGACUUUGAGGACUGCUGCCUGGCUUACAACACCCACGUUAGCCUGAGGGUGCUCAGGCGUGCCCAGAGUUACUGGUGCCUGGAUGUGAGCAGGAGCUGUAACCUGCCUGCUGUUAUAUUCUACUUUCCUCACAGAGAGCUCAUUGUGUGUGGGAACCCACAGGCCAAGUGGGUACAAGAUGGGAUAAGGCUUCUUAAUACUCGGAACAAGGGCCUUCUAAAGCAUCACCAAAGUACCCAGAAAGCCUCCCAACGCUGUCCCACUGUGGGGAAGUUGAGCCCUAAAACUUCCAGGCUUCCACUCUCUGCGCCUAGAGGUCACACCAGAAGCAGCAAGAAGAAUGCCUUACUCCCAGCACAGGCUAAUUCAGGACCCUGAGCCCGCAAGUCUCCAGAAUCAACCCACGUGAGAUGGGCUGGAGCUCUCUCCACUGCGCCCAUUGCCCUGCUGGCUCCCAGCUGCACUCUCCUCCAGACCAGCUCUCAGCCCCUGUUCGGAGCCUGCAUUGGUUCCCUCAGCCCUCCUGCCUCCUGCUCCUCAGGUGACUAGAAGGAAGGAGCUGACCUCAUUUUAAACUCUUUGUGUCUUGAGCAACCAGAGCCAGCCCUGGUCAAUGAUUCUUAGAGAGCAUCAUUGAAACACAUCACCCUGAUAUGUCUCCUGUCCCAGGCUACACAUGCCUGUGGCCCUCUGGGUCUUUGCGAAGCUCUAGUCUCUCCAUAGACACCACUC